CAGGUUGAGGCGUUUUUGAUUCACUCGCCUUCCUCACGGCUCUCUGCGUCCUACCUCAUUCUCUAAACACGCUAGUCAUUUUCACAACUUUUUAAUUAUUUUCACUCUUAUUCUCCACACAUAAGCAACCAUGGCCGAUACUGCUGUAGAUACGACCACUGCCCCAGAGAUUACUGCAAAGGAGCUGAAGGAAAAAAAAGACGCGGUAGAAGAGGUCGAGGAGGUCGCGAAAGAGAACGGCAGUGGGGAUGCACCUGCCAAUGGCAGUGGAACAACAACCAACGGUGCUUCUCAUGAAGAAACCAACAAAGAGGAAAAGGAAGCUGAGGAGCCAGCCUCAGAGCAGGAGAGUGCCGUGGAGAAGGCUGCGGAAGAUGAGGCAGAUAGUCAGGCGGUGAAACGUCCAGCGGAUGAAGAGGAGUCAGUUGAAACAAAGAAACAGAAGACAGAUGAGAAUGGAGAGUCCACGGAAGCUGAAGUGAAAGCCUAACGCCUCUGCUGGCCAAAGUAGCUCCAUCUGUGUGGUCAGUCUGACCUAGUAGAGUGUGUGCUUCUGCGUGUGUUUUACAGACAUUCUGGUUCCACUCACACACCCCUUCCAAGAUAUUCCAGUGCACUGAAGCAUAUAACAUGACCCCUUCCCUUUUUGUAAAAUGUUAUUUAUUGGUAUAAAAGCAACAUUUUAUGACCCUUUUAUAAAAUGACGGUAAAAUAACUUUCAUAUUUUGUCCAUAAGUUUGCAAGCACAUAUUCUACUUUUUUGUGUUUUGUUUUUUGGUUUGUUUUUUCUUUUUGACAGCAGAUACUCUCAAAAGCCGCUGUGCCCUUUCUCUUCAUGUUCAAACGUUUUCAUGAGUGAUAGCUGAUUCACUAAAGACCAAAGAUAAAGUUUUAAGCAGGGGCUAAUGGACAGUGUUUAAUCCUGACUGUUUGUGCUGCUAGUAGUUAAUCCCUGGCUUAGCUGAUCUGUCAGAACAGCAGAUGGCUUACACAAUUGAAAGGGUCUUGUUACUGCGCCUAGUUGAAAAAGAUGCCUUGUCCCUUUGACUGGCUUCUGUCAUGUUAAUUAACCCCUCUUAAAUCUUAAUGUUUUUGGUCUUUUGUUUCAUAUGCAUUCCAAGAAGAUUAUACCUUUUCAUAUCCUUAUGUACAGUUUGAUUUAUUUGGUCUGGACGGUUUGUUUUGUACAGGGAUGGCAGGAUCAUAACAGCCUAAAGCUGAACAUGCUGGCAACUGAUGUUCUCAGUCCUCGAAGCAAUUAUUUCUUUUUUUAAUGAUUGUGUUUUGGUUGCUUUUUUGACCACUGCUUUGUAUAUUCUGGUUCAGGAGUAUAAAUAAAAUCAGUCUUGUCUUUUUAAA